GCAUGGGAAGUAGGUAUGUGUGCGUGCGCGCGGGUGCGCGCGUGUGCAGGCUGAUUGUAGUCUACUGUAUGUUGAAGCAUUCAUAAAUCUCUAUCCAGCCAAUGGGGAGGCUCAUGUUAAUCCCAGCUCGGUAAAAACCCGGUGUGAGUCCAGAGGCGGCUCUAAUCUGAAGACAGAGUCAGUGGAGACACAUUAUCCUCUCAUCACCGGCUCUUCAGGGGGAAUUGCGCUGCGCUGCUGUUCACAUUAUCCAGCCUGCACACCCUGUGGACAUCUCGUUGAGUCCGGUCGUCAUGUCCUCCGGUGAUGCCUCGGAUCUGAGUCGGCGGGUCAGCGUGCUUUCUUGGGAUCAGGUGCGGCGUUUGGACUCCAUCCUGGGAGAGAGCGUCCCGAUCCACGGCCGAGGAAACUUCCCCACGCUGUCCGUGCAGCCCCGACAGAUCGUUCAGGUGGUCAGGGCUCGACUGGAGGAGCGGGGCGUGGUGGUGCGUGAUGUCAAGCUAAAUGGCUCGGCAGCCAGCCAUGUGCUUCACCAGGACAAUGGCCUUGGCUACAAAGACCUGGACUUGAUCUUCGGCCUGAGUCUGACUGACGACAAAACGUUCCGGCUGGUGAAAGACGUGGUGCUUGACUGCCUGGUGGACUUCUUGCCUGAAGGGGUGUGCAGGGAGCGAAUUACAGCCCUCGCCCUGAAGGAGGCGUACGUCCAGAAACUGGUGAAAGUUUGCAAUGAGACGGACCGUUGGAGCCUCAUCUCGCUGUCCAACAACACCGGCAAGAACGUGGAACUGAAGUUUGUGGACUCCCUGCGGAGGCAGUUUGAGUUCAGUGUUGACUCCUUCCAGAUCACUCUGGACUCGUUGCUGCUCUUCGACCGCUGCUCGGAGACGGCCAUGUCUGAAACCUUCCACCCCACAGUGCAGGGGGAGAGCAUGUAUGGAGACUUUGAGGAAGCUUUGGGUCACCUUCGCUCCAGGACUAUCGCCACCCGCAGCCCAGAAGAGAUCCGGGGCGGCGGGCUGCUCAAGUACUGCCACCUGCUGGUGCGAGGCUUCAGGCCAUCCUCGGAGGCUCAGAUAAAACAGAUGCAGCGCUACAUGUGCUCGCGCUUCUUCAUCGACUUCCCCGACAUAAACGAGCAGCAUAGGAAACUGGGGGCGUAUCUGCAGAACCACUUUGCGGGCAUGGAGCACAAGCGCUACGAUUACCUGGUGACGUUGAGGCGGGUGGUGGAUGAGAGCACUGUGUGUCUGAUGGGCCACGAGCGCAGACAGACGCUGGCACUUAUUUCCGCACUGGCGCUGCGAGUAAUGGCCGAACAGAAUGCUAUCCCUGCUCUGUCCAACAUCACCUGCUACUACCAGCCCGCUCCCUAUGUCAGAGACGUCAACUUCAGCAACUACUAUGUGGCACAAGUUCAGUCACCAGUGCCUACAUGCAGUAACUCUUAUCAGACAUGGCUGCCUUGCAGCUGAGCAAUGACUUGUAGGAUGUCUGGAGAGCUUUACGGUUUAUCUUUACAUUGUUGUAAGCUGAGCAUUUCAUUUGAGUGCUGGGUUCCUCUGUAGCAAUGUGGCUUUUUUGGUUUGAGGCCCAACGUGAACAAAAAGGAAUAAUGUAUCUUUUUUUUGCCAAAUCUUAUAUCAAAACAAUUCCACUAAGUUAUAUUGAUUAAUACUGCUGUAAAAAAAAAAAAAAUCUCAUUCGAGCCAUUAUAAUUAUACCCUUUUUUCUGUUGUCACUUCAUAACCAAUGUGGACAUGUAUGGAAAAAUAUGAAGGGUUGAUAUGUGACGGAGGAACUUUGUUAGUUCUGUUUCUUGUCUGAUGGAGGCUUGUAUUGGGUCUGAAAUGUAAAUACUUGGUAAGAAACCAGAAAGCUGUUUUUUUGUUCUGUCUGUGGUUUCGACUGACCUGCCUAGGAGGGAAAAGGACCAAAGAAGUACUUUCUUGUGUAGCAUGACAAAGACUGUAUGUGGUUCCAAGUGCCUGAAACUGACCAAUGUCUUUAUAGUAGUUGCUAUGUCAGAAUUGUUUUUGAAUCUUUUUCAUCCAGGUUACUGUACAUUUCUAUAUCCAAGGUCAGGGUAUUUGUUUUUAAAAUCAUUAAAACAUGUCAAAAUGGAA